AGAGUUUCUUUCCUCCUUCUUUUGAUUGAUUUGAAAAUGUAUUUUCCGUGGUGUUUAAUGCACAAACUAGCUCUUGUCACCAUCAAGACGUCGUAAUGAAAUCGAACGGAUCUAAUGAGUUUUAUUAGGAGCUGGACAUUUCCCCUUCUCCUCCAUAUUCACCGGUCUGUUUUGGGAAGCGCGAGCCGGUGACGUAGUCAUGUUCCCUUGAUGCAGCACACAGUACGAUGAGAGUGUAACCCGCGUUCGUCCUCCUCCUGCUCCACCAUGGCAUCUUUAACAGUUGGUGAAAAUCAGCUCCAGAGGAUAAUCAGAGAUCUGCGUGAAGCGGUUGCUGAGUUGACUAAGGAGCACGUCGAGAGCGGAGAACCCAUCACAGACGACAGCCCCAGUCUCCACAAGUUCUCCUACAAACUUGAAUACUUACUGCAAUUUGACCAGAAAGGGAAAUCCACUUUUCUGGGCAGUCGGAAGGACUACUGGGAUUAUUUCUGUGAUUGUUUGGCCAAGAACAAAGGGACUAAUGAUGGCAUUCGCUUUGUCAAGUCUAUCUCAGAGCUGAAGACGUCUCUGGGGAAAGGCCGAGCCUUUAUCCGCUACUGUCUGGUGCACCAGCGACUUGCAGACACACUUCAGCAAUGUCUGAUGAACCAGAGAGUCACAUGUGACUGGUACUACGCCCGCAGUCCUUUUCUGAAAUCCCACCUCAACGUUGACAUCAUCAAUCACCUGUAUGAGCUGAACGAGAUCCAGUUCGAUGUGGCAUCCAGAGGAUAUGAUCUGGACUCCGAGUGGCCCACCUUUGCCAGGAGAACUGUGGGUUCGGCAGUGUCCGGUGCCCACAUGUGGAGACCGCCCAGCCGCUGCUCCAGCGUCAAUAGCCUCGUCAGCAACUACUCUCAGCAAGUGCAGGAAUAUCUCCCAGGCCCAGACUUGGGUACCAGUUAUCAAGCCGAUCUCGGCGAGCUAGGAGAACUCUCUUUUAGUGCCGUAGAUGACCUGCGUGUUGAACUCGACCAGUCAGAGCUACGUAAACAGCAGCUUCAAGUGCAGGUUCAUCUCCUUUCUGAUGAAGCAGCAGAAUUAAAGCAGGAGGUUGCUGAUCUCCAAGGGAAGCUGUUUGCUGCUGAGAAUGCCAAUCAUAAGCCAUGUAAAGAGGCAGCUGGAAAGGUUAGCAAGGAUUCAUUCAAGGAAGAUGUUGAAGCCAGGGCGCUGGAAAACGGGCACAAUACCGUGGAUUGGGUGAAGCAGGCUGAAAGAUUGUCUCAGGAACUCAAAGCUCAGGGGGAAAAGUUGAAAGAAAGUGAAGAGGUGCUUGCCAAGCUUCGCACAUCCAGCGAAAAGGAAAGAACCGUUUCACUUCAGCAGGUUAAUGAGCUCCAAGUGACUGUCAGUCGCCUCAAUGAGGCAUUAUCUAUGAAAGAACUGGAGGUAAAGAAUUUGCAUACCCAGCUGCAGGACAUAGAAAGCUCACUGCAGGAACGAAUCCAGCAGCUAGAGGAGGUGAAGAAGAAGGCAAAACGUGAACAUGAGGAGCUUCAACAGCAGAGCACUAGCUUAAAAGAAGCACUGGAGGGUCAGAUUGUAUCACUGCAGGAACAGUUGAAAGAAAAGGAGAUCAAUCUCUCAGUCAGCACUCAGAAGAUCCAGCAGUUAGAAAACCAGAGGUUGGAAAGCCAGAGCAAGAAGCUGGAGGAGUACAAGACCCAGUGUGUCAGCUUAAUGGAGAUCAAUUCCAAGUUGGUCAGUACGGUGAAAAGGAGUGAGGAAAGCAACAAGGAGCUGGCUGAGACCAAAGCUGCUCUGGAGAGAGAACUGACCUCUCUAAAAGCCUAUGAGAAGCAGAAGAAAACUGAGAAGGACAGACAUGGAGAGCUAGACAAUGGACCAAGCUGCACAGAGAACAUGAAAGUAUCUGACCAAGAAUUAAAGGAUGUUCAAAAAGAAGAGCUAACUAAGCAGAAUGAUCACAGGAAAGAUCUCCACCUCUCCCAGCACCCUGAAACGGAAGAAGCAGCUUCUAGACUCACUCUAGCCGAAGCCCAACUAACCUUAAACAUGAAGGAGGUCUCCAGGCUCCAGGAGGAAGUUGUAGAUCUUCGAGCUCGGCUCCAAGUGACCUCAGAAGAAAGGAUGAAGAUCCAAGCUUUGCAUGAGGUGACCGAAGCCUCCAAGGCAGACCUUUGUGCUCAGACCGAGCAGCUGAAAUCCCAGGUGGAGGACCUGAACCGCCGACAUGUAGAGGAGCUCCUGCAUUAUCGCGAGAAGGAGGAGGCGCUAGAAAAGAAGUUGAAUGCUGAGGCUCAGGUUCGAGCCAAUCUACAGACUAAGUUGGAGUCCAUAAGGGACGAGCUUGAUGUAAUGAAGAAACGGAACAAUGCCCUGGCUUUGGAGUAUGAAGAGGCUAGAGAGGCCCUUCACAGAGCCAACACCGAGACUGCAGAGCUGGGCGUCCAAGUGUGUUCUCUAACCGGGAAGAACGAGGAACUCUCGGCCAAACUGCAGGAGCUGCUGGUGGCACAAAACGACUCGCAGAACCUCAACGACUCCGUGGAGACCCUGAAAAAAGACAACACUCGCCUCAAAGAGGAGCUGAAAGAAGCAGAGGGUCUAACGAAAGCCAAGAAGGAACUCCAGCAGAGGCUUGAGGGGGUGAAGGAGGAAGCCAGGAGCUUACGGAAAAGCAACCAGAAAGAGCUCCAUGCUCUUCAGCUUCAGCUGACAGAGACAACCAGCAACCACCAAAACCAGAUGAAGGUUUUGAAUGAGGAGCUGAUGGGCACAAGGUCUCAGAUGGAAGCCGAGCAGGAAAAAGUGUCAGCCCUGGAGACCAGACUGGCAGAGCUCGAGGCUAGUAACAGCAGCCUCAGUGAGAAGCUCGAGGAGAAGGAUGCCUGCAUUGCUAAAUCUGACAUGUUGCUUCAGCAGAAAGAGGAACAGCUCACACAUAUACACAGCGAUUUGGCAAAGGCUCAGGAGGAACUAACCCUCACCCAGAAAGCAUGUCAGGACAUGAGCGAGAACCUGCAGAGGGCAGUCACAGAGAAGGAGACCUGUGAUCUGAAGUCGUCCGCGGAGAUAGACGAUCUCUACCGCACCAAAAGAAACCUGGAGGAAAGACUUAUCGAGCUUAUCCGGGAGAAAGAUGCACUGUGGCAGAAAUCAGACGCUCUGGAGUUUGAGCAGAAGCUGAGAGCUGAGGAGCAGUCGGACCGUGAACUUCCCUACUGCUCCGAGUGUCAUGCGCAGUUCAGCUGGUGGCUGCGCAGACACAACUGCAAGCUGUGUGGUCGGCCUUUUUGCUACUACUGCUGCGCUCACACAGUGAGCAGCCAGCAGGGCGGCGUCAGAGAGCGCUGCUGUAAGAACUGUUACACGCGGCACGGUGUGGCGGAGCGCCAUCCUCAGGAGGAACUCGGAAGUCCGUCUCAGGUGUCGUACAGCCCGCUGUGCUCCACUCCCACCAGAACCUCUAUGCCCAGUGUCACAGUGGCACCGCAGUCCCUGAGGCCAGACGAUGCAGUGUUCGAUAUCAUCACAGACGAGGAGGUGAACUGCAUUUAUGACAGCGACACGCUGCCCUACACCACAGCUCUGUCUCCAGCAAGUGUACAGCAAGGAACACAUGAGAUUAGCAGCAGUACGAGCGGUGGUGACCUCACCGCAGACGAGCUGGAGGAUCUGCCCAACUCAGUGCAGGACGCAGAGAUCUGCCUGCUCAAGUCGGGAGAAAUCACGUUGUCCAUGCCGUUCGGUGUGGAGGAGAUCUCCAACUUCGGUCAGGAGUUCAGAGAACUCUUCAUAAAGUCCAGCUGUUACAGCCUCAUCCCUAUCACCGUGGUUACCGCCGGACCCACCAUCAGUUGGGUGUUUUCCUCGACGCCAAAGAGCAUCGCAUUUAGUGUGGUGUACAGAGAGAGCGCGGAUACACCACUGGAGCAGGCCAAGGUUCUGAUCCCUUUAACCAGGUGUAAUUCUCACAAGGAGGAAAUCAAGGGCCAGGUGAAAGCUCGCAACCCUGGCGAAUACGCGCUGAUCUUCGACAACUCCUUCUCCAGGUUCAUCUCCAAAAAAGUACAGUACAGACUGAGCACGGAGCAGACGGUAGUCUACGACGGCACAGAAUGAGCCGUGAAACAGGGAAGCACACGUCAUACACACGUCUGUCUGUCUGUCUGUCCUGGCGGAUGAGUGGACUGAAGAGUUAUGGAGCCUUUUGCAUUUUCCCAGACACGUUUAUAUUCCUCAAAGCCCAAACUCUUCUGAGAACACAACACACUACUGCUAGGAUCGUUUGGAGCGAAUCAGCUUUCCAGGAUACUAUGCUAAUUUAACUUGCACAUGGAGCGCAGCGAUUUUCAGAUUUUCUUUCCCGACAUGUGACGUGUCUUUACAUGAAGUUUAUAAGAUAUAUUGUUAAUACAGAAGAGUGUGAGAGAGAUUACAUGCACUAUACAUCAUGCUGCGCUUUAAAUCUAUCUGCCAUUGUGCUGCUUUACAGGGAGGAUUAGAAACCCGAAAAAUCUAUUUUUUCCGAACUAACUCCUUAACGCGCAGAGCGAAUAAUUAAUGUACAGUAAACGAGUUUUUAAACAGAGCUUUUAAUUCACCCCCUAAAAACAAACAAUAAAACGUUUCCUACACGAAGGUCUUCUAUGCACAGACGUGUUCACGUGAGCACAAGCUCCGAAUGAAAUUUUGAUCUCAGACAGCACGAAUGUUCCGUCUCGUUACAGCGCACGUUUAAAGGGUUUCUUGAGCCAAUGUGAGCCGUGUAUCUGUCCCGGGCGCCAGCGUGGCGUUUUAUAAACCGAGGGUCACGUGUUUUCUUUACAGCUCACUGUGCGUUUCUGUUCUGCUGACGUGACGAGACAUUUUUUAUAAGCAAUAUCUAUGCUGCUCUGUUUAUUUCAAUGAACACAGUUAAACCCAGUGCACAGUGGAAUUAGGGUGUUUUUCUUUUCUUGUUGUUACAGAGGAUGAUUCCUGAGGAGAAUAAAAUCAAAUAUUUUCCCAAUCAUCCCCAAUUUUCCAGCACAUGUAGCUUAUAAGGCCAAAAGCACAUCGAAGUUUGAAAUAUAUUCAUGCCCGAGUUUUCUUAUACGUACUUUAAAUUGCACUAAGCCUCAUUUUCCCAAGCUUUUAGGAAAGCUUAUUUUAUUUUGAAAAAUCUUUGGUAAUGCUGAUUUUCUUUUGGCUUUUUUCUACUUAACAAUCAUUGUUUACAUUAAGCCCCGCCCACAAAAGUCCAUAAAAGGCAAGGCCCACAGCGCUGAAAACAACAAACCUUUUAGAGGGUGCCAUUUCUUUUGUGCUUAUCGAAUCGUUAUUCUAUUUCGUUUUUAAUCGAUGAAGGAUUUCUUUCGAGUUAUUAGUUUGUAAUGGGCGAAUCUGACAUAACAUUUUAUUUGAGGUGUUUAUGUAAAUUUUCGGUAACGUGUUUUUAACCAGUUGAGAUUCGGAACGUUUUUCCGAACUAGAAGGAUUAUUUAUUUAUUUUUUUUCAUGUUUAUCCGACGAAAUCUUUACGAAUCAACUCGUUCGUAUUCGGUUCGUUUGUCGUUCCAUUUCAAAUGGUGUUGAACGACAUACAUCGUCACAAAGCAGCAUUACGGAUACCUCCAUGUAGGUUUAAAUCCCUGUGAGGAAAGCCAGAGGCGACCGGGGUCGAGGAAGAAAUCUUCCUGAAACGACACGAGGAAGAAAGAAAUGAGAUUACGUAAUCGUUUAUAUCAACAAUUGAUAUCUUUGACAUUAAUUUUUGCGUUCUUUACAGUAUAUUAUAUUAUGAAUACAUAAUAAUCUAUAUCCCUGUGCUUCCCACAGGAUCGUAGAGUCACUUUUUUCAUUUUUUUUAAUCAUUAAACAUCCAAAAUUCAAGUUAAAAAUACGCUAACUAGCUGCUUAUAUUUGUGAUGGCCGAGAAUUCAUCCGAGGGGCUUCAAAAAAAAAUAUGGCAUCAUUUCCAGUAAGGAAACAUAGUGCACAUGGAUGCUCCCUGGUUCCUACAAUGGAAUUUUUUUUAGAUUUUUUUAGGAGGCUAAAGUUCCAGUAUACUGGAAGGAAUGUAAUAUGGAGUUGGCCCCGCCCUUUGCAGCUUCAACUCUUCUGGGAAGGCGUUCCGCAAGGUUUAGUAGUGUGUUUAUGGGAAUUUUUGACCAUUCCACUAGAAGUGCAUUUGUGAGGUCAGGCACUGAUGUUGGACAAGGCUCUUAUUCAACCCAAAGGUGUUCUAUGGGGUUGAGGUCAGGCCAGUCAAGUUCCUCCACACCAAACUCACUCAUCCAUGGACCUUGCUUUGUGCACUGGUGGUCAGUCAUGUUGGAACAGGAAGGGGUCAUCUCCAAACUGUUCCCACAAAGAGCAUGAAAUUGUCCAAAAUGUCUUGGUAUGAAGCUGAAGCAUUAAGAGUUCCUUUCACUGGAACUAAGGGGCCGAGCCCAACCCCUGAAAAACAACCCCUGAGUUCACCUGGAUUUUGGUGUCCCAAAACUUUUGGCAAUAUAGUGUCCUGCAUGACUGUGAUUGAAGCGAUUUGAGGCGGAUUUUUAUAGAACAAAUUUUUGGGGGGUUUUCUGUUACUCUAAAUUUGCACCUAAAUACAGAGAUUUAUUUAAAAAUGAAUAAUAUCUUGGCUAAAUGACUUGUGGGAAACUGGAAAAUGGAGUCAAGUUGAUUUGCACCUUUUUCCUCUGUUACUCUGCGUUUUUUUUGGAUUGUUUUUAAUCCUGUUUUUAUUCCUCACAGUCGGUUUCUGUAAGCACACGAUAUCCAGUAAGACACUGGGAUUCUGAUUGAUCCAGUUCCAUCACUGCAAUUCACUGAAAUUGAACUAAUUGUGAAUAAACUGACAGCCGUGAUCCAAA